CAAAAUUGCAUGGCUGAAGAAUUGUUCCAAGAAAAAUUGAGAUCCAGCUAGCAUUUUCUCUUCUCAAGAAGCUGUAGACGUAGUUAAAGCCAGUGCGUUGUUUCGUCCACAAAACAGAGUGACAGAGAGAAACAAUACAAGGACUGAUGAGGACAAGUUUCAUUUUAUUUUUUAUCGAUGAAAGACUCACCUGACGUUGGCCGUCAAGGAAGAUGAGCAUGUGGGCAGGUCGAAAACAAAAACUCAAACAAACGCAGUUAUUUCUACAUUUGUGUCGCUUUCGCUAAAACGAACUGAACUGGACAAAAUCUUAAGAGAAUACGAGCAUCGGCGAGUACAGCCAUGACGGAUCGUUCACUUUCGUUAGUUUGCGUGGAAUCGUUCAUGUUUCUCAUCAUCAACAUUGCAGCAAUCAUUGGGAACACGUUUGUCGUUGCUGCCAUUUCAAGAAACAGGGAUCUUCGAAAAAUUACUCACUGCUACAUUUUAACCUUGGCAAUUUCUGAUUUGUUCGUCGCAGUCACUUGUAUGCCGUUAACUUUGGGUGCUUCCCUGAAAGGUCGCUGGCUUUACAGUGACAUCACAUGCCAGCUUCAAGGUCACGUGAUGCAAGUGUGGGCGUGUUUUUCUUUGACAAUCGUGUCAGUGACCGCCAUUAAUCGAUAUUAUCGCGUUGUGCGACCCAUUCGUUACAGAAAAAUCUUCACCAAGCGAUUUACACUGGUAACUACGAUCUCCCCUCUCGUUAUUUGGGCGUGUCUGGACAUCGGAAUGAUGUCUGUUAUGGACGCCCGUUUUAAAUUUGCCCCGCAUUUUUUCUGCACGCCUUAUCUCACAAACAAGCUCAUGAAGAGAGCUGUUGCUUUGCCUAUUUAUCUUUCGUUUAUCGUAGUCGCCCUGUUCGUAGUUCUGAUUUGCUAUUUCAAGGUUUAUCGCGUUGUUCGUAGACAUGUGAUUCUGGUUCGGCCAAAUAUUGUAGGAGCAUCGUUUCAACCCGGAAAUGAGAACAAACUUUCUUGUCGCGUCGAUGAGAUCAAUGCUACAAAAAUGGUUUUCGUUAUAAUUAUGGUCAACUUCCUUCUCUGGAUUCCAGUUUGUAUAAUCGGUGCGCUGUAUUUUUGCGACAUUGUUAUGCCAAAAUGGACGCAUUUGAUGUAUGAUUACUUGAUGUUCAUAACAGCUGCGACAAAUCCGCUGAUUUACGGACUCAUGAACAAGGCUUUUAGGGACGAGUAUCUUCGAAUUUUGAAGUGCAAGAGGAGCGCGAACAACAUCAGCUAGUUUGGCAGAUUUUGGAACUGUGUAACACACUGAGUUCUACAACAGGUGAUGUCUAGGUUACUCCCACAACAUGAAGUGAGGAGUAAAAAAGCCUCAUGUCUGAGUUACUAGAAACUUGUGUCGUGACGUUUGGCCACAUUUUUUUAACCUGUGUUCUUAUAGAAUGCAAUGACAAAUUAAAGAACUUAAUGGUGCCUUAAAUAUAGCAUUUAAAGUUAAUAAAG